AUGGUCAAGGGGAAUGACUUCCCAAGGAGAAUUAAUUACUUUUUGGACAGAAAUUCCUCCGAAGCAUCAUACGAAUAUGGAAAAAGAAAACUAGAUGAGCCAAUAGAAGAUCCUCAGAGAUGGAGAGAAAAGCACUUCUUAGCUUCAAAGAAAGUCUCACCGAUCCAUCCGUCCGACUCUCUUCCUGGGUUGGUCAAGAUUGCUGUAAAUGGAAAGGCAUUGGCUGUGAGAACACAACGGGUUAUGUCGUCAUGCUUGACCUCAAAAACCCAUUUCCUGUUGUCAAAUAUAAUGCUAGCUGAUGGAGAGAACAAGUCUUGCUUGGGGGGUAAGAUAAGUUCUUCUUUUCUCAAUUUAAAGCAUUUGAGUUACCUGGACCUAAGCAUGAAUAAUUUUAAUGGAAUCAACAUUCCAAAGUUUUUGGGUUCCAUUAAAACUUUGCAGUAUCUCAGUCUCUCUGACUCAUUCUUUGCUGGAAUCAUUCCAAUUGGUGUGGGACAUCUGACCAAUUUGCGCAUAUUGGAUUUAUCUGAAAACAACAUUUCUGGUAAGAUACCAAGCUCAUUUUCCAACCUUUGCAACUUGCAAAUCUUUAAUCUGAAAGACAACAAAAUAGGUGGGGAGAUAAAUGAGUUUGUGAAUGGGUUGUUUCAGUGUUACAACAGCAACCUCAAAUCAAUGCUUUUGAGUGGUAAUAAAUUGCUCGGGGGGAACAUCCCUUACUCAUUGGGAAGACUCAAGAAAUUGAAAACUAUUAACCUUGGGUCAUGUUCUUUUUGGGGUUUGCUUCCACAUUCUAUUGGAGACCUGUCAUCCUUAAAAGUACUUAACCUCAGGAACAAUCAAAUGAGAGGAACCAUUCCAGAAAGCAUUGGCAAACUAUCAAAGCUUGUUUCACUGGAUCUCAGUUGGAAUUUAUGGAUAACAUGCAAGUGGGUCCAAACUUUCCUAGCUUCAUGGCCUCAAACUCAAAAUGAACUCAAGUUUCUUAGCCUCCACAACGUUGGCAUUUCUGACACCAUUCCACCUGGCUUUUGGAAUUCCUGCUCAAAUAUCCAUCAUUUGAGUUUGUCCAAUAACAGCCUGCACGGGCAGGUACCAAACACUCGAGCUCAUCAUCCAGUAUUUCAUAUUGAUCUGAGUUCCAACAAUUUAGAGGGUCCAAUCCCACUUUUUUUAAGGAAUUUGGGCAUCUUAUAUCUUAAAAGAAAUAUGUUUUCCGGUCCUAUACCCGAAAACGUAGGUGAGCUGUUGCCUUGGAUAUCAUUCUUGGACCUCUCUUCAAACUCUAUUACGGGCAGGAUUCCUCAUUCUAUUGGAAUGCCACAGAAAUUGAAAGUUCUUAUUUUGAGAAACAACUACUUGUCUGGGAAACUCCCUCCUCAAUGGGAGGAUUUGAAGUUGUUAUCUGUGUUGGAUGUAGCAAACAACAAUCUAUCUGGCACCUUUCCAAGUUCAAUGCAAUAUUUGAGUUCACUACGUGUGUUGUCAUUGAGCCAAAAUCAUUUUGAAGGGGGGCUUCCUUCUUUCUUUAGAAAAUAUGGAGGGAUGGUAAACCUUGAUCUUGGAGAUAACAAAUUUUGUGGAAAUGUUCCAGCAUGGACAGGAGAAAGCUUAACGUCUUUACGGAGAUUAAGCUUAAGAUCCAACUUCUUUGACGGGAACAUACCUAAACAACUAUGUUUUCUUUCACGCCUUCAGAUCCUAGACCUUGCAAUAAUGAUUUGUCAGGAGAAAUCCCUCAAUGCAUAG